GUCGCAACUUAGCGUUCUCCUGUUUCUUUAAAUCAUUCAAUUCUUAUUUUCUGCCGCUUAUCAUUCUCGCAAAACCGUACGAAUCUUGUGUGGUCUCGUUCACUUCUUUUUUUUUUUCAUCUGAAUUUCUCUAUCGUCAUUGUAUCGUUGAUCGACUUCAUACACGACCUCCAUUUUUGUUGUAACUAUUUCGUCGGCGUAUUUCUUACACUAUUAGUCAGUUUCUUUAUUUUUUUUUUUUUAUUGCUUUGCAAUUUAUCGACUGCAAUUUUUUGGAAAUCGAAAUUUUUAGGUUAAAUCCAAUGUGUAGCUGCUAGAAAAUAAAGACUCGGAAUAAUAUUUAUGAAAUAAUGUUUGAUGAUAGUAGAUCGUAGCCCGUAAGAAAUUUGACAUUUACGUCUACAGAUAUAAGCUGAUGGGACGUGUUUAACGUUUUUGACCACGAACUUUGUAGCAUGCAAAAAGUACAUUUACGAAGAAUAUACAUUUGUUGAAAAAGUUUAUUAUAUGGUUAUACAUAGCAAUAAUCCAGAAUUUGGAGCAGUAUGCUAUAGACUGAAUCACGUCUGUACAUUGUGAAGAAACAUGCCUCUGUUCGGAAAGUCUCAAAAGAGUCCGGCGGAGGUGGUAAAAGCUCUUAAGGAAGCUGUCAAUGCAUUGGAGCGUGGUGAUAAGAAAGUAGAAAAAGCUCAAGAGGAUGUUAGUAAAAAUUUGGUACAUAUAAAAAAUAUGCUUUAUGGUACAGCUGAGACAGAACCCCAAGCAGAUAUUGUUGUUGCCCAGUUGGCACAAGAAUUAUAUAAUAGUAAUUUGUUGCUUUUACUCGUGCAAAAUCUUAGUCGUAUAGACUUUGAGGGAAAAAAAGAUGUCGCUCAAGUGUUUAAUAAUAUACUACGAAGACAAAUUGGAACCAGAUCUCCGACGGUGGAGUACAUCUGCACUAAACCAGAAAUAUUAUUCACCCUAAUGUCUGGAUACGAACACCAAGAUAUCGCCUUAAACUGUGGCACUAUGUUGAGAGAAUGUGCGAGAUACGAGGCCUUGGCAAAAAUUAUGAUCUAUUCGGACGACUUUUACAACUUUUUCAGAUAUGUUGAAGUGUCGACUUUCGACAUAGCUUCCGACGCAUUUUCUACGUUCAAAGAAUUACUUACCAGGCAUAAAAUACUGAGCGCUGAAUUUUUAGAAAUAAAUUACGAUAAAGUUUUCUCUCAUUAUCAAAGGUUAUUGAAUUCGGAAAACUAUGUUACGCGACGACAGAGUUUGAAACUGCUAGGGGAACUUUUACUUGAUAGACACAAUUUUACCGUAAUGACACGAUACAUUUCAAAUCCUGAUAAUUUGAAAUUGAUGAUGAAUAUGCUCAAAGAGAAAUCACGAAAUAUACAAUUUGAAGCGUUUCAUGUUUUCAAGGUGUUCGUGGCGAAUCCGAAUAAGCCGAAACCGAUCCUAGACAUUCUACUGCGCAAUCAGGAAAAGCUGAUUGAAUUCCUGACGCGCUUCCACACUGAUCGUUCCGAGGACGAACAAUUUAACGACGAGAAGGCGUACCUUAUUAAGCAGAUUCAAGAACUUCAAUCUGUACAUGAGAAUUAAGUCCAAAAUACAAGUUAUUGCUACAGCUACCGUUAA